UCAAGUGUUGCAGACAGCAUCACUUUUAUGUUACGGAGAUAAAGAAAAAGUGACUUGAGUCUAUGGGAAAUGCUGUAACUGAUUUUUCCUGUGAAUAUAUUUGAAGAUGAGUACAUUUGAAGAGUGUCCUGCGCCAGUUACAGUCGAAAUUGUGAGCUCUGUCUUACUUACUGAGGACACAGAUGGGCAAAUCAUUCUUAGCCUUCAGAAUGAAGCUGGUGAAAUGGAAAACCCUACUGAACCUCCAAAUAAGAAGCCUUGUUUGGCAGAGGGCAAUGAAACAUAUUUCAUUUCAACUGUUACAUUCCCACUACAAGAAAUGGAGCAGAGAUUUGAGUUGGUCACAACCACAGCCACAGAGGGGGUAGAUGCAGAGAUUACUGAAAGAAAUACGAUGCAGUUACAUAUUAUACAGAAUGACAAUUCAGAUAAAGGAUUUCCCUUGGCAAAUAAGGACAGGACAAUCAUUAACAGAGCAUGGUUCACAGGUAAAGAAGUUAAAGAGAAUCUAACCAAACAGGGACAUACAUGGAAGCAGGGGACGUGGUCCAAGGAAGAAACAGCUAUUUUGAUGAACAACAUUGAACGUUACAUGCAGGAACAUGGAGUAGAGAAUGCUGCAGAAAUCAUUUUUAAGAUGUCAAAAGGUAAACGUAAAGAUUUCUACAGAUCUAUAUCAUUGGGUCUGAAUCGGCCUUUGUUUUCAAUUUAUAGAAGAGUAGUCCGAAUGUAUGAUGACAGAAACCAUGUGGGAAAGUACUCCCCUGAAGAAAUUGAGAAGCUCAAGGAGCUCUGGCAGGAGCAUGGCAAUGACUGGAUAAAAAUAGGUGCCGCCAUGGGGAGAAGUCCAUCUUCUGUGAAAGACCGGUGCCGACUGAUGAAACAUCCUUUCAAGGCGGGAAAAUGGACUGAAGAAGAAGAAAAAGUUCUUGUAGAUGCAGUGCAUGAACUAACAUGCACUGAGAUGGGUGAGAAAGUCACACAGGGUGUGUCCUGGGCAGCUGUGGCUCAACGAGUAGGUACUCGCUCAGAAAAGCAAUGUCGUACUAAAUGGCUCAACUACCUGAACUGGAAACAGGCUGGAGGAAUUGAGUGGUCCAGGAAAGAUGAAGUCACUCUCAUCCACAGACUAGCAGAGCUUGAUGUAGCUGAUGAAAAUGAAAUUCCCUGGGAUGAUUUAGCUGAAGGAUGGCAAAGUGUUCGCUCACCACAAUGGCUGCGUAGUAAAUGGUGGACCAUCAAAAGGCAAAUUACAAACCAUAAGGACGUUGCCUUCCCAGUUCUAGUACAAUGUCUUCAACAAGUAUAUGAGAGCCAAAAUGCCAGCCACAUGUUUUGGAAGAAUAAAUCAGAAUCUGAAGUGUCAUAUAGCAACCCUCAUUUCAGUGUUCAACAAAUUCCCUCCAUAGUCAAUACAUCAAUCUAUGCAGUCCCUGUGACAGGAUUGCAAAUUAUACUAGAGCUCAUCCCUGGCUCCUCAACAGAUUACCUUGCAACUACUGUUAACACUGAAACAAUAACCCUGCCCAGUGAACAACAAUAGAUAUUUGAUAUUCUUCCUACUUUAUGUUUCAUCCCCUCACCUUGCAUCUUCUUUCCUCAAACAAGCUCAACUCAAAACCUUUUCAUAACUCUGACCACCAUUCCCACACUAAGCCUGACUCCUCCUGUACCUUCUUGUCCUAUCCCAUCACAUUUCCUCUUUUAUACCCUGAACAUCUAUUGAACACUCUAAUAAAUGACAUAUGGAGUGUUAUAUACCAAGAAUCACUAAAGUAGUUGAGGAAACUAAAAUUUCUUUUUUCACAUUCCAAGAAGAAUUGACAGUCAAUAAUGACAUUUAUAUAUUCAUGGACUUUCAAAUGCAUUCAAGCAGACAAUUUCCCUGACAGAAUUCUUCAACUAACUCUGCAGACAUCAUUUAAUGAUACUCAUGUUUCUUAAUUCAGAUACCCAAACAGUAUAGAACAAAUGAACUAUUCUGUGAUUACAGCAGAAGAAUUCCGUGAGACCAGCUCUAAGAACAAGAAAUUUACUCUAAUUUUUCCAGUGCUCGAGUGACUGAGGAUUGUAGUCACUCACCAUAGCAGACCAAGAGCUUUACACAAGUGAUAACAAGUGUGUCCCUUCACUACCUGGUUUUAUCAAGGCAUGGGGUUUUAUAGGCACUGAACCUGUCUUGCCUUUCACAAAACUAAUAAGCUCCAUAAUCCAGAAACAGCAAAAAUCACAUACCAUUGGAUCCUCUUUGGGCAAUCCUGUUUCUAUAGACUUAAAUGAUAUUGGACAUGCUAAAAUAUUACUACCUUAUUUUUAUAAACAAGCAAAAUGCCAGAGAAGUGUUAUUGUAUCUGAAGAGGAACAUGAGCAAUGUCCAAGAGACUUUACUUUCCAGCUACAUUGGGUUAUCUAUAAACAUAAAGACUAUAUGUUUUACUAUUUUCAAUACAUCUGAGAUCCAUUUUAUGACAUCUUGUAAAUAAUGAAUGAUGAAAAGUUUAAUUGCACAUAUUCCUGUGUUGAAUGUCACCAAGUGGGAAUUUUUUCACCUCAUCUACUGGAAAGUGUUCGAGUCACCAAAAGUUAACUGCAGUAAUAUUCAUGUCUAUACUUCAGCAAUGGUAUUUGAUCAAGUAUCCACGAGGUUUGAUUACUUUUCAAACAAAUUGUAACUGUUCAGUGCUUAUGGGUUAUGAAUAUAGGGAAGAGACUUUGCACUUUACUUUGUGGCAGUGAUUGUGUGGCUCUGCAAGCAGCUAGAGUAGAUUUAGUCAGAAAAAGCUAGAAAGUGAGUAAAGAAAAUUGAUAAUUUUGUUUUUCUUCAAUGGAGAAUGAAUUGGUAACCAAACCCAUUAGUAGGCAAGAUGUUUUCACCUCUCAUCUGAUACGACUUAUUAAUUACGGUUAGCAUACUGUAGUGAAACUAAAUGGGAAAAGACACACAUUGCUUUUAACUGAUGACCUGGACCUUUUAUUACAUGCUGUUCUUUCUAUGCCAAAUACAAAUAGAAGGAAGCUUUUAUCUUGCCUGUGAGAGAGCUUGUACUGUACCCUCAUCAGGCAAUGUGCUUCAUGAAUGGCAAUUUUAAUGACAAAAUUUACAUCUAUAAUAAGAGAAGCAGACCAAUGAUCAUUCCCAAUAGUUAUGCCUAAACAGAUUUAUAGUUUCUCACUGACAAGAUUGCUAUCAAAAUCCACUGAAAAUAUAGUUACGUUAUUUCAUUGUGUUGAUAUAAUUACAAGCAUAAUUAAUUAUUUCACAUUAAAAGAACAAAAGCAUAAGAAAUGUUGGUUUAUUAAGGAACUAUUUAUGAAUGUUCAGGUAAAGAAUAAAACUAUCUGCCCUACAA